CUUUGGAGCUCCGACCGACGACCUUCCCAAUGGCGGCAGCCGCGACGACCGACGCGCACAUGCUGCUUCCAUCCAUGGACGAACUGAACCCGUAUGGAUUGAGUUGGGAUGCACCCUUGGAAAGCGAACUCCACGAAGACAACAACAGCGACCAAGGAACGACGACGUGGCAUCCCGUUCCAAACCUCAUCCAUUCCAAAGAAAGCGUUCGGUUACGCGAAGCCAUGUCCGCCAUCCUGCAGGAUGUGCAUGUGGGGACAUCGCUCGAAGAUUUGGAAUUGCGUGCCACAGCACCGGAAUAUCGUCUUGAAGAGGGAGACUGGGCGACUCAUGAUGUAUUUGACAACUCGACAAACCCGGCGGCAGAUCUCCAGGAUUCCUUGAGCGGAGCGCUCAUGACCGUAAUCAAGACCGUCGCGCGCCUUCCUACCGAUUUGCUGCAGGAAGAUCCAUCGCACAAUAACGACACCUCCACCACCGGGCCUACCGACACCGUCGCCGUAAGCGGUUGGUUGAAGAAGCGCGGAGUCGGCAACGUCGCCCUGAAAAGUCGAUUCAUGCAACUCGAGGGCAACGUGAUCGCGUACUACGGCAAAGAACCCCACCCGAAGCUGACGAAAGCGGAACGCGCCAAGUUGCAAAAAGGCGUCGUCGAACUUGACAAACUCACGUCGUUGCAACCAUCGGGCGAGAAGGACCUGUGGUGGGCGCUCGAGCUAGUCACGACGAACCGCAUCUGGGUCCUCCAAGCUGACUCGGAAGCCGAGUACAUGAAGUGGGUCACUGCGCUGUGCCACACCGUGCCCUUCCCAGUAAUUAACCAGCAGUUCCGCCGCAUGCUGUGCUUGCAAGAGGUCCGGGCGACAGCCAAAACCGACGUUCGCCUCAACCUCCAGCGCACGUUCACAGUGCAAGAGACUAUCGACCACAUUUUCUCGUGCUACGAACACGCCAUCGACGCUGUCCCCCUCAAGCCGUACUCGCCAACCGACUACGUGCUCAAACUCACCGGAUUCAAAGACUACCUCAUCGAACCGACGCGACUCAUCAUGGAUUACCAGUAUGUUCGUGAGUGCCUCUUAACCAAGAAAACGCUGCGGCUCUCGGUCGUGUCCAAGGCGUCCAUUUACGCGGCCGUGGCGCGCACGAAAUCGACGCCGUCGUUCAACGCGGCGCUGUCGUCCAUGGCGUCGUCCAAGAGCUCUCAGCGCCUGACGUCCCUGGCAGCGGUUGUGAAUACAUCAUCCCGUGGUGCCCACCCAUUGCACGACGACGACGACAACCAACAGUCGUCUGGGGACAGCGUCCGUUUGAAUGGAACGAGCCAGUCGUCGUUCGACCUGGGCAAGACUGGCGCACUUGACGAAGCGGCGCCGUCGGCCGUGUCAUCGCAAUUCAUUGCGAAAAGUUAUCAAUUGAACGAGUCGCUUCGAUUCUGCGUCCAUCGGACGCUCCAAGUGCCGGGCCACACCGCCCAAAUCAAACGCACGUCCCACGAAGUGUCGAUCGAGACCGCGCCGCUAAUGUACUUUCAAGUUGCGAUCCGUGCGCAGUUGUUUGACGGCGGCGUCGCUCUCGAAGACUGGAUCGAGACAGCUGAGACCAAGCUCCUGCCAAUGAACAAUGACACGUCGAUGCCUGUCGCGUACAUGGCAGUGUGGGACCGCCCGACGUGGUUCCGUUCCAAGCUGAAGAUCCGCGAAAUCCCACGCAGUGCCCGGCUUGUGGUGACUCUGUUUGGCGGCAAAAAGGACUCGUCGGGCGGCGGCCGCCUCAGCUUGGACGACCGCGAAUGCCUUGCCACGACUGCAAUCAAUCUCUUUGACGUGGACGGCUUACUUGUUCAAGGUGAUUCGUACGUGCAGCUGCUUUCCAACGUGUACAGGUGUGUGACUGGUCCCGUGCCUCACAUUAUCGACCCCGCCAAGCCGUACUUGCAGCUUUCGUGGAAAAACUACCCCACGGACGUGCAAUUUCAAGUCGGUGAUCAUGCAGUAGCCACGGUCGACGAAGCGGAAGAACCCGACGAUGACAUUGUCGAGGAGGAAGGCGCGGCGACGACGUCCAGCGGGAGCAACAACGGCAGCCUUGUCAAUAUUGCGAUCGAUAAGAAAGGAUGGCUCAAGAAGCUUGGCCAGCAAGGCACAAUGAGCAAGUGGCGCGACCGAUGGUUCAGCUUGAACCAGGCGACAGCGACACUCACGUAUGCUGACACGCCGCAGUCGUCGUCGACAAAGUCCAUUCAACUCGUUGGCGCGACCGUCCUCAUUGCGGACCAACUCAACGAAGUGUACACGACCUACGCCGUCAACAAAAACACCCGCCGUCAGCAGCAGACGUGGGGAUUCAAGCUCAAGCCAGCCAACAAGUCGCGCGUGUACUUGAUGAGCGCCCAGACCAAGCAAGAGCGCGAGGAAUGGAUGGCUGCGAUCCGCGCGAUCGCAUACGAGGCCAACUCGAUUGACGGCGACUGCGACAGUAGCACAACUCGCGGCAGCUUGCUCCUGAGCAGCACAGUUCUGUCCGCAACGACGUCGUCCGUGUCCGAGGCCGACCCGUUCAUGUCCCUGCGCGCGAAUGACAACGAGAGCCUCUUAGAAGAGAUCAAGCUCCUGAUGCAGCAAGACCCGCUCGUCAAACUCAACAAGCUUCAGAAGCACGUGCUAUGGACCCACCGCCACUUGUUUAUCGAGCAGUUUGAAGCCCUGCCUCGCAUCCUCUCGUGCGUGAAUUGGGUCGACCCUAUCGAAUCCAAGGAAGCACUACAUUUGUUGCGGCAGUGGGAGCCUAGCACGCAUCCCGCUGGUUACCUCGUCCUGCUGGACGCGGAAUUCUCGAACGACCAAGUUCGCAAGUUUGCCGUCGAGCAGCUCAACGAGAUGGCUGACACGACCUACAGCUACUUCUUGCCGCAGCUCGUGCAAGCAAUCAAGUACGAGAACCACCACGCGUCGGCGCUGGCGCUGCAGCUCAUCGAGCGCGGCCUGCGCAACCCCAACCAAAUCGGAUUCGACUUGUUUUGGGCAUUGAAAGUCGAAAGCGAGAACGACCAGUACCGCGAACGCUACGGCACGCUCCUCAACACGUUCUUGGACGUGUCCUCGUCCAAGAUGCGCGAUAUCUUGCACCUCCAAGCGUCGCUCUUUAGCUCGACCGGCAAGCUCGAGGCGAUCUGCCAGUACGUGAAGCAACUCAAGGCGAAUCGUAAAGUCCUCGACGAUAUCAAGGUGGACAUGCGCAAGAAACUCGACGAGCUCAACGAGACGCUUCCGUCGUCGUUCCAGCUUCCCAUCGAUCCCCGCGUCGAAGUCGGAAAGCUCAUCGUGAGCAAGUGCAAAGUCAUGGGGUCUGCCAAGCUCCCGUUGUGGCUCGUGUUUGAGAACGCCGAAGUCGGCGGCGACCCCAUCGUCGUCAUCUUCAAAUCUGGCGACGACGUUCGCCAGGACAGUUUGACACUGCAGCUGAUCCGUGUCAUGGACGAGCUGUGGCGCGCCGAGGGGAUGGACCUUGCGAUGGAGCCGUACAAAUGCGUCGCAACGGGCCCCAUGACCGGGAUUUUGCAAGUUGUGCUGAAUGCGGUGACCACGGCCGAUAUCCACAAGCGCGUCGGCAACUGGGGCGCGUUCGACGACACGAGCUUUUCCAACUGGAUCCAAGCCAACAACCAAGACAAGAAGAGUCUCAAGAAUGCAGUCGAUCUCUUUCACCGGUCCUGCGCAGGCUACUGCGUCGCCACGUGUGUGCUCGGCAUUGGCGACCGCCACAAUGAUAACAUCAUGAUGACGCACAGCGGACGGUACUUUCACAUUGAUUUCGGGCACUUUUUGGGUCAUGUCAAGUACCAGUUUGGAAUCAAGCGCGAGAAGACUCCGUUUGUGUUUACCCCCGAGAUGGCCCACGUGCUGGGCGGCCGCGACUCGCCAUCAUUCGCCGCGUUCGUCGACACAUGCACCCGCGCAUUCAAUAUCCUCCGCAAGCAUGUGCAUUUGAUGGUCACGCUCUUCUUACUCAUGAUCCCUGCCGACAUGCCCGAGCUGCGCAGUCGGGACGACAUCAACCAUCUCGUCGAAGUGUGUCUCACUGGCCUGUCCAACGACGAUGCGGCCAAGGCGUUCGAAGCUGCAAUCGACUUUUGCCUUGGCAACCGAUUCAAACGUUUGGACAACUACAUUCACAUCAUUGCCCACAAGUAUUUGUAGUCACGCAGCCAAAGCAUCUGAUCGACUUCCCUCUGUGAAUACUACAUGGAUUUGUGUUGUACACAA